AUGAUACAUGCGGCGAAAGACCCCAAAGCAUCUACAUUGAGCCGGGAGUUCGAAGAUGAAGCCGAGCUUCUCUGGCGCGUUGAGCGAAGAGCCGACACCCUACCAGCACUUGCUGGCAUAAAUUUUCUGUUCUUGUCAACAGGCUCGCAUGGCAAAGACAAAAUAGCUCAACAGUGCAUCAACGAUGUUGCAGACAUGUCACGGAGAAUGAAGCUAUUCGACGUCCCAGAUAGACUCACAGCGGCCGAUAUUGCAUGCGACCCAGAAAUUGCCCAGAUCGCCACAGCGCAGACUGCGUGGGCCUCGUACAACCAUCUUUGCAUGCAGUCAGUAUUUUACCUAAAGGCGCCCAUUGAGACCCCACCAGCCAUCCCGAUACCCGUAUGCUCGCCAAACGAAGAAGCUCAGAUGCGGAUCGACCGGACUUUCCCAGCCUUCUCCGCAUUCUGGGUCAUUGCUUCAGAAAUAAUUUUUAUAUACCGUCAAGAAACGGAACGUCAUCCGCCAGCUGCAUUCGCAUACGCCAAGUAUCGGAAGUUGCUCUCAUGGGCGAACCAUCUCUCUGGGUUCAUGGUCCGCGGAGUGCAUAAUGAGGCACAUGUUCUCGUGUUUCACAUGUUUCUGCACGUCAUCAUCCUCGACAUCUUCCGCCCCUUCGUGCAGGAGGAGAAGCAACACGAUUUCCAAAAAUGGCACCAAUAUGUCAUGUCGCCCAACGCCAUCUUCGCUGCAUCCCUCAAACAGCUCAAGAGCCUCGUACUGGCCCUCAAAGCACAGUCGCCCUUAACAGUCACUUGGCACUCUGCGCUACUUUACGUUGCGAAUGCUUCAUUGAAGAACACGUCCGACCCCGAAUGGCGUUUCUACUUCAUGGCCUGCAUCGAUAGCUAUCAGCAGAUUUACCGCUCGUAUCCAGUGGUCUCCAUGGUAGUGCAAAGUCUGCUUAUGCUCGCGGUGCGUCAGAAGGCACUGACUGGCGCCGAGGCACGCGACGUGAUGCGCAAAGGGCCCCAGACGUAUCAGGGCGCGAUGGGCGGCUGGUUCGUCGUUGACCCCGAUAUGGCGCUCAAGGGUAGCGAGGACGCAAAUGCGGAUGUCAUUACGAGAGAGUUUGAUGACCUGAUGUUGUUUGAUGAGUUCACUGAGGACGUUGUCUAG